CGAAAAUGCCACUGUGUUGUUUUGGCUUGUUCUGAAAGUGUUUCACCAAUUUUGGUGAUUUUGCCGUUUUUCCUGUUCCACAAAUGAAAAUUUAUGCUCAGGAUUGAGAAUAAAUGUGUCCUUAAUUCGAAAAUUUCGAAUCGGAAGUUUAUUUUGCCGAGCAAACACGACUAUUUUUGUGGCUUCCAUAUUCUCAAAGAACCACACGGAUUGGUGUGGCGGACCCGGGGAGGGAGUGCUCUAACAAGUGAAUAUUAAGACUUAUUGCGCUUUGAGGUGUUUUAAACUUUGGGAAGAUGACGCCACAGCCCCUGGAACAGGGGGGAGCUGUCACUAGCUUCAUCCCCACUGGACAGGAAAUGGCCCAGCGUCAGAAUCUGAUACCUCUGGGAAGGUUGAUUGAUUUCAUCAUCCAGCGGACGUACCAUGAACUGACAGUGCUGGCGGAACUCCUACCCCGCAAAACUGACAUGGAACGCAAAAUUGAAAUCUACAACUUCUCCGCUAGUACCCGGCAGUUAUUUAUUCGACUGCUAGCGCUAGUCAAGUGGGCAAACUCCGCUUCGAAAGUUGACAAAUCGGCCAAAAUUAUGGCCUUCCUGGACAAGCAGUCAAUUCUGUUCAUUGACACCGCUGACAUGCUUUCGCGAAUGGCACGCGAAACUCUGGUGAAUGCCCGACUGCCCAAUUUUCAUAUUCCAGCUGCGGUGGAAAUUUUAACCUCAGGCACCUACUCUCGAUUGCCCUCCAUUAUCAGGGAACGUAUUGUUCCCCCGGAUCCAAUUACGCCGCUCGAAAAACGUCAAACACUGCAGCGUUUGAAUCAGGUCAUACAACACAGGCUAGUAACGGGGAAUUUGUUGCCGCAACUGAGAAAAUUUAAGAUCGAAAAUGGACGGGUGACCUUCAAGGUUGAUCACGAGUUCGAGGUUUCGCUGACCGUUAUGGGGGAUGGACCGAAUAUACCGUGGCGAUUGUUGGAUAUCGAUAUUUUGGUAGAAGAUAAAGAGACCGGAGAUGGAAAAGCAUUGGUUCAUACUCUGCAAGUCAAUUACAUUCAUCAACUGAUUCAGGGUCGCAUCGUGGACAGUCCAGAUUCACUCGCAGAGGUCUACAACUGUCUGCAUUAUUUCAGUCAAUCGUUGCAGUUGGAAGUCCUGUACACGCAGACUCUCCGUCUUAUGCGUGAUCGCUUGGACGACCAUAUUCACGUUGAUGAGUAUAUCCCGGGAACGAAGUUAACUGUUUCGUACUGGCGCGAACUGACUAACAAAGAUCCUAAAUCAGAACUUGGCUAUCGGCUCAUGAUUCAAACGGACCAAAAUGAUUCCACCAAACAGCUAGCCAUUUUGCAUAUCCCCUCAAUUGGUAACAAGGAAGUAGACAUCGCAGACCGUGCGGUACGUUCGGAUCUGCUAUCGAUGGAACGCCUACUGGUUCAUACGGUUUACGUACGAUCACUUGCUCGCCUCAACGACCUCAAAACAGAGUUGCAACUAUUCCUCGAUGAGGUUGAUUAUAACAUACAAGGAACGCCCGCAAUGCUGACGGUCCCAGUUUUGAACCCUUGCCUGCGGGCGGAACAAAUUCACAUUACUGUUGACACUCACACCGGAAUGCUGCGCUGUCACGUGCCGAAGCACUUGAACUGUCCAAUCAUGCCGGAAAUGCAACACGCUCUCAACAACGAUAAAAGUAAGCUUCAACAUUUGUUCUCGGAGCUUCGUUACUGGAUUACCCAACGAAGAUGCGAGAAAACGUUGCAGCAUUUACCGGCUACGACGCAAGAGCGGUUGCCACUUGUGUUCCCACCGAAUCAUGCGAUCGAGAAGAUUGGAGCUCACAAAGUCUACAUUCAACUCUAUCGUCACUCGAAUGUUAUUUUGAUCGUCGAGCUAAAGGAAAAAGACUUGAGCCCAAAUGAGAUGACCUACACUUUUUAUCUGGUGCUAGUGAGACCAUCAUCCGUGGAAGACAGUCAGUCCCAGGAUCAAGACCAAUCUGGCGCAUCUGGAGGCGGUAGAAGCUCAACCAGCCAAUCCGGCCCCGGUUCAGUCCCCCCAGGUGGACCUCCAAGUGUCCCAAGUGCCUCUUCUAGUGGUGCUACACAAAACGUACCUUCCUCCGGAACAUCAUCUUCAACCGUGGAAAAUGAUGGAAUGCCAAAAAUGUAUCUUAAAGUGCAAUCUCUCAUCGAAUUCGACACAUUCGUGGCCACUCACGGCCCGGGAACCUAUGUGGAUGAGUACGUUCCAAGUUCUAUGAAACGAAAAUCGCCCUUCGGCGAGGGGUCUUCACCGAAGCAACAGAAAACCAUCUAUCCGGCGUACUUCAUCCCUGAGCUAGCCCACGUUGUGGCAAUGUGUGACGAAAAGCUACCGUUUGUGGCGCUUGCCGCCGAACUGACCAGAAGAAAAAUUCCCAACGGUGGCCUGCAGGUGGAAGCAAAUGCUACCUCUCUGGUGCUAAAAUUGUUGAGUUUGCCGCAGCCGAAAGCUCCACUGGUAUCGGCAUCGGCCGUUGCUUCAUCUCAAACCGGGAGCCAAGAGCAGAAACCGGUUGAACAGAAGGUAGUCAGAGUGCCAAAGAUCGAAAAAGACGUGUGGAACGCGUUGCUUGGAAGACUGCUAUCGGUUUCCGUUCGGGCACAGGUCAACAAAGGCAACCAGACCCGAUUAUGGACAACGGAAUUGGUAUUCUAUGGUACACCGUUACCAAGUACACACCACAAGGAGCAAGGAAUGCGAAGAGCUGUUUAUCUGCAAUAUGAUAUGCUCCCGGUGGAUGCUGUUGACAAAAUUGUCGACAUGAUUCUGAAUGAUUGGUCAAAGAUAGUUUAUUUGUAUACACUGGUGCAUGAUUUUCGUGAACAGAUUAGAAAUGACAAAUACAAUCUGCACAGCAUUGUAACCAUCAAAUCGUACAGUUAUACCAAUCUUUUGCUGGCUUACGGUCCAAAUAAAGAAGUCAACGUGAAUAUUUAUUGGGACAUAGAGGUGAAGGAAUUCAAAAUGAUUUUCACCGGAGGUAAUAAUGCGAUAAAUGCACACUCAAUGAUGCGUGACCAGUUGCAAGCUCAUUUGAACCACAAUUACGACCUUGCCCAAAUAGUGCAUCUGCUGCACGAAACCUACCAGCCGUUGAGUUCCAUUGCAAAACUGCCCAUCAUACCCCAUUUGGCCAUUCUUCAGUCUCCAAAGAUUCCGGUGUUAUCAUUCUGCAUCAUUCCACAAUCACCCACUUUGCUCAGGAUGUCCUUCCAAGGUGUAUAUUGUCUAGAAAUACGAUUGCGUGGCAGUGGUCUCUGUUCGAUACGAGACGGUGCUUGUAGUCGAUUCGAUCGAAGCCACGUGGUUGAAGAGUUUACUCCAACCCAGGGACUGAAAGGAUUCCUCUCGAAGUAUGUUGACGAGUCUGCCGUAUAUCGAAGACGUUCCCAGUCGGAAGAUGAUAAUCCGCCAUCUCCAAUCACUAUGGAGGACCCACACGGGGGACCAGCUUCGGUUGGAUCUGGUUUCCUGGGUGGAGGAAGUAUACGGGGUCCACAAAGCCCACGUGAUCCGGGGUUACGUUUUGCUGCUCCGCUCACCCCACCAACGGGAUCAAAUCCACACACACCGGCGUCACCACAUCCUCAGGGUAUGGGUGGAAGUCAGAACCAUCCAAAUUUCAACAUGACUUCCCCACCAGCACCUCACAUGCCCCACCCGUCACCGAGCGGAGGUCUCAUGCCUUCGUCACCGCUAAAUCCUCAACCUAGCCCUAUGGCGGCACACUCUCCAGGACCAACCAACAUGCCCUACAUGCAGACACACACCGACGGGAGCCCAUUUGCUGCUCUUUCCCCGGCUGCUUCCAACUGGCCAGGAUCACCGGGUAUGCCGAGACCAUCACCACGACCCGGACAGAGCCCUGAUCACAAAACGCAGACUUCUCACCACAACACUUCACGAGUGCUACCGGCGCGGUCAUGGGCAGGAGCCAUUCCAACGUUGUUAACCCACGAGUCAUUGGAUACCCUAUGUCGAGCUACACCUCAUCCACAGAAAGAAAUUCCCGGGCCAGAGCUUAGUCCGCUGGAGCGAUUCCUCGGAUCGGUAUUCAUGCGUCGUCAAUUACAGCGCAUCGUCCAUCAAGAGGAAAAUCUCACUGCCAUCACAUCCAAUGAACCGGGAGUAGUUCUAUUCAAGGCAGAUAAUCUGCAGUAUCAGGUAUUCCUCAACCCAAACCACAUGCAGUCGUUGCAUAUGAAGGUUAGUCAGAUGCCCAUGGCACCAAGCAUGGACGGCAAAACACCGUACCAGUGGGCCCCAGAAGAUCUCCAAAUUCUCGAACAAUUCUUCGACCAACGAGUAGCCGUUCCACCCUACAGACCUGCGGUCGUUACCAGCUUCACCCGGAUGCUGAAUCUACCUUCCCAAGUGAUGAAAGACUUCAUUCAAAUCAUGCGCCUAGAUUUGCUGCCAGAGCUCGGCCAGGGUAACAAAUGGAACGUGCAAUUCAUUCUUCGUAUGCCACCAUCGGCGACCCCAAUCGUUCCGGUCGGAACGACCACCAUUCUGUCGCACAGGCAGAAAAUUCUAUUCUUCAUCCAAAUAACCCGAGUGCCCUACCUUCCGAACAUGGAAUGGAAAGAUUCGGUCACCAUGCUGCUGCCUAUGGUCUACGAUAUGACGGUCAAUCACACCCAGCUGGCGGAGCGUCGUGAGCAAGUUACCCCUCAGCUGACCAGUGCGGUUAGUGCACAUUUGCGACGUUUCGUCGAAUGCACAGUUCUGCAGCCGGGCGAAUGCUCCCUAUUCCCAGCGGUGCGCGAUUUACUCAUGAACAUGACGCUUCCCAACGAGCAGCCUCCUCCAGGACAGAUGGCCAAUCAAAUUGGUCCCAUGGGAGGAUUAGCCCCGGGAGCAGGUCCAGGCCAGAUGGCCCAAAUCGUGCCCCCUCCUGUAGGCGCACAAGUUGGAUCAAGUCCCAACCCGAUGAUGCAUUCACCCAUGCAAAUGGGUGCCACCGGGCAGCAACCGAAUUACGGUGGAAUGGUCGGUGGAGGAGGGCAAUCUGUUGGUCCUGGUCAAGGAGCAGGGGGUCCAAAUUAAAGAUAAAAGUCGCUGGGGAUAUACUUUUUUCUCUGGAAAUAGACACUGGUUGUAUAUCAAAUGUUAGACACAGGAAUGAAUAAUCAAAAUGUGAAUACACAUAUAUGAAAAUAAACAUUCUUCAUAACAAGCUCGAGAAA